AGCCCGACCCGGAAGCACAACAACAGCUGGUGAACGCUCACAAAUUAGCCUGUUCUCGGGCUUUCUCUUCUUUCGAAAACGUUUGUUUAUUUAUUUUCCCAUUGUGAAUUGUAAACGAACAGUAGCAACUACAGCCGCACCACCAGCAGGGGCGCGAUGGGAAACCAGCUGGCGGGCAUCGCCCCGUCCCAGAUCUUGUCCGUGGACAGCUACUUCUCAGACAUCCACGACCACGAGUACGACAAGAGUCUGGGCAGUACGCGCUUCUUCAAGGUGGCGCGGGCCAAACACCGCGAGGGCCUGGUGGUGGUCAAGGUGUUCGCCAUCCAGGACCCCUCGCUGCCGCUCACCAGCUACAAGCAGGAGCUGGAGGAGCUGAAGAUCCGCCUGCACUCGUGCCAGAACUGCCUGCCCUUCCAGAAGACCUCCCUGACGGAGAAGGCCGCCAUUUUGUUCCGGCAAUACGUCCGGGACAACCUGUACGACCGCAUCAGCACCAGGCCUUUCCUGAACAACGUGGAGAAGCGCUGGCUGGCCUUUCAGAUCCUCAACGCCGUGGACCAGGCGCACAAGGCCGGCGUGCGCCACGGCGACAUAAAGACUGAGAACGUGAUGGUGACCAGCUGGAACUGGGUGCUGCUCACAGACUUUGCCAGCUUCAAGCCCACCUACCUGCCCGAGGACAACCCCGCCGACUUCAACUACUUCUUCGACACGUCCCGGCGCCGGACAUGCUACAUCGCGCCCGAGCGUUUCGUGGACGGGAGCAUGUUCGCCGCCGAGAGCGAUCAGAACACGCCGCUGGUGGACCUCACCAACAACAACCAAAGGAGCAGAGGGGAGCUCAAGCAGGCCAUGGACAUCUUCUCUGCAGGCUGCGUGAUUGCAGAGUUGUUCACGGAGGGCGUCCCGCUCUUCGAUCUGUCCCAGCUCCUGGCGUACCGCAAGGGUCAUUUCCAGACCGAGCAGGUCCUGGAGAAGAUCGAGGACUGCAGCAUCCGAGAGCUGGUGGCUCAGAUGGUUCAGAGGGAGCCGGAGCGGCGCUUGGCAGCGGAGGACUACCUGAAGCAGCAGAGAGGGAAAGCGUUCCCCGACAUCUUCUACACAUUCCUGCAGCCGUACAUGGCGCAGUUUGCCAAAGAGACCUUCCAGUCUGCAGACGAGCGAGUGCUAGUUAUCCGCAAGAACCUGGACAACAUCCUUCACAACCUGCCAGGCGUGCAAUGUUGCCCUCAGGAUGACAGCGAGGGCGUUGCGAGCACGAAGGAGCACCAGGGCCUCAUCGUGCUGGCGUCUGUCAUCACUUCCUGCCUGCAGACGCUGCGCUCCUGCGACUCCAAGCUGGCGGCGCUGGAGCUUAUCCUCCACCUGGCGCCACGCUUGUGCGUGGACAUCCUGCUAGACCGAGUCACGCCGUACCUGCUGCACUUCUGCAACGACCCGGUGCCACGCGUGCGUGCCCAGGCCGUGCGCACGCUCACCAAGGUGCUGGCACUGGUCAAGGAGGUGCCACGCAACGACGUCAACAUCUACCCGGAGUACAUCCUGCCGGGCGUCGCCCACCUCGCGCAGGACGACGCCACCAUCGUCCGGCUGGCCUACGCAGAGAACGUAGCGCACCUGGCAGAGAGUGCACUCCGCUUCCUGGAGCUGGUGCAGGAAAACAACGUGAACACGGAGCACGACGUCAGCGGCGAGGACGGCGAGGAGACGCUGCACCUCAACGAGAACUACGACUCUGAGCUGCAGGCGCUCCACGAGAUGGUGCAGCAAAAGGUGGUGACGCUGCUGAGCGACUCGGAGAAUGUAGUCAAACAGUCGUUGAUGGAGAACGGCAUCACGCGCCUCUGCGUCUUCUUCGGCCGCCAGAAGGCCAACGACGUGCUGCUGUCGCACAUGAUCACCUUCCUCAACGACAAGAACGACUGGCACCUGCGCGGCGCCUUCUUUGACAGCAUCGUCGGGGUGGCGGCGUACGUGGGCUGGCAGAGCUCCUCCAUCUUGAAGCCGCUCCUCCAGCAGGGCUUGAGCGACACAGAGGAGUUCGUCAUCCACAAAGCCCUGAACGCGCUCACCUGCAUGUGCCAGCUGGGCCUGCUGCAGAAACCUCACAUCUACGAGUUUGUCGCCGACAUCGCGCCGUUCCUGUGUCACCCCAACCUGUGGAUCCGUUACGGCGCGGUGGGCUUCGUGACCGUGGUCGCGGAGCAUCUCAACGUGGCCGACGUCUACUGCAAACUGAUGCCGCACCUCAACCCGUUCAUCACGCAGCCCAUCAUCCAGAUCGACAAGGAGCUGGUCCUGCUGAACGUCCUGAAGGAGCCGUUGAGCCGCUCCAUCUUCGACUACGCUCUGCGUUCCAAGGACAUCUCCAGCCUCUUCCGCCACCUGCUGAUGAGGCAGAAGAUGCGCGCGGGGUCCAUCCCAGAAUGCCCUCCUCACGAGGACCCGGCCAUUGCUCAGCUAUUUAAGAAGUUGCUCUCGCAGGGAAUGACGGAGGCGGAGGAAGACAAGCUGCUGGCACUGCGAGACUUCAUGCUGAAGUCCAACAAGGCCAAAGCCAACGUGGGUGAGCAGACCCUCCUGAGGGACGCGGCCCAGACUGGCGUCAUCGACCUCGCUACACUCGGCAUCACCGGGCGCCAGGCGGACCUUGCCAAGCCUAAAGGCGAGGUGGACGACAAGCGAGCAAGAAAACACGCCAAGCAGGACUCCAUCAUGAACGAGGAGUGGAAGAGCAUGUUUGGUUCUCAGGAGCCCGCCACCGCCGCCACGCCGCCCUCCACGGCCACAGACGGGGGGCCAUCGAGUCAGGCCCGGAAGAGCUCGGCGUCCCCGGCAGCUUCCGCGCUCCAGUCGGCGACGGCCGGCCCUGCCUACCAGCGCCGCAUCAACACGUGCAAGGCGGAGCUUCAGCAGCUGGUGCAGCAGAAGCGAGACCAGUGCAGCGCCGAGCGCAAGGCCAAGCAAAUGAUGGAGAGCGCCGAGUGGGAGAGUCGGCCGCCGCCGCCCGGGUGGCACCCCAAGGGGCUGCUGGUCGCCCACCUCCACGAACACAAAGCCGCCGUCAACCGCAUCCGAGUCUCGGACGAGCACGCCAUCUUCGCCACAGCGUCCAACGACGGCACGGUCAAGGUGUGGGACAGCCAGAAGAUGGAGGGAAAGACCACCACCACCAGGUCGGUGUUGACCUACUCGCGCAUCGGCGGCCUCGUCAAGACGCUGACCUUCUGUCAGGGCUCACAUUACCUGGCCGUGGCGUCGGACAACGGAUCCAUCCAGCUGCUGGCGGUGGAAGCCAACAAACCGCCCAAGUCCCCCAAAGUCCAACCUUUCCAGACCAGGUCCCUGGACCUCCAAGAGGACGGCUGCGCGGUGGACAUCCACCAUUUCAACUCGGGCGCUCAGUCCGUGCUGGCGUACGCCACCGUCAACGGCUCGCUGGUGGGCUGGGACCUUCGCUCCAACGCCAACGCCUGGACGCUUCGCCACGACCUGCGCCUGGGACUCAUCACCUCCUUCAGCGUGGACAUGCAUCAGUGUUGGCUCUGUCUCGGGACGAGCAGCGGGACCAUGGCGUGCUGGGACAUGCGCUUCCAGCUGCCCAUCUCCAACCACACCCACCCCGCACGUGCACGAGUCAGACGGCUGCUCAUGCACCCGCUCUACCAGUCCUCGGUCAUCGCAGCCGUCCAGGGCAACAAUGAAGUGUCCAUGUGGGACAUGGAGACCGGGGACCGCAAGUUCACGCUGUGGGCCAGUUCGGCGCCGCCGCUGUCCGAGCUGCAGCCCUCCCCUCACAGCGUGCACGGCGUCUACUGCAGUCCGGCCGACGGGAACCCGCUCCUGCUGACGGCCGGCUCCGACAUGAGGAUCAGGUUCUGGGAUUUGGCGUACCCCGAGAGGUCCUACAUCGUGGCGGGCGGAGCCAACGACUCGCUGCACUGCCCGUCUGUGGUGUACAGCAGGAAGAUCAUCGAAGGGACCGAGGUGGUGCAGGAAAUCCACAGCAAACAGAAGAGCGGCGCCGCGGACGACUCGCCGCGUCGAGGCCCCGAGUCGCUGCCCGUGGGACACCAUGACAUCAUCACUGACAUCGCCACCUUCCAGACCACACAAGGCUUCAUUGUCACCUCAUCACGGGACGGGAUCAUCAAAGUGUGGAAGUGACACACACACACACACACACACACCUUGUACAUAGACCUCGCAUGAAGUAGGAGUCAUGUGACCUGCACGCGCUCAAUAAAGGCCACACAAACUUCCCAUUUCCUCUAACUGCCAUGAUUGUGAUAGCCCCGCCCCCUGCAGGACAUGACCUGUGACCCUUAACACAGAACAAGAUUGACUCAACUUUUUAUUGUUUGGCAGUCAAAUGGAUUUCAUUAGAAAAUACUUUUUUUUUGUACAGAAUUGUUUAAAAAGGUGUGAUGUUGGGAUAUUAAUAACUACAAAAUGCAAUUUCCUAAGAGAAUGCGUGUGAAUGCUGAAAACCUAAAACCGACAUUUCAGGUAAUAAAAAGCAACAGUAAGGGCGGGUCUCAAAGUAGCAAAAUGUAUGAACCGGGGGUGUACAUUUACAAAUAGCUAAUAAAGCUAACACGCUAAUUUUAACAUGCUAACAGUAAGCAUGUGUCAAGUACUGAAAUAUGGCCGAGGUGUGUAUAGCUAAAAAAUUGUCCAAAAAAAGCUAGCAUGCUAAUUUUAGCAUGUUUAAAUGCUGACCUUUAACAUCUGAAUGCUGAAGUGUUAACAGUUAGCGUCAGAUAAAAAAAUAAGUGUUAGCAUGUGUCAAGUACCAAAAUGUUGGACUCUUUCAAAAGUAUCAAAAAAGUUCAAAUGCUAACAGUAGACAUGUCUCAAGCACCAAAAUAUGAUUGAAGUGUGUGUAUUUGAAAAAUUGGCUAAAAACGCUAACAUGCUAACCGUUAGCAUCUGGAUUGUCAAAAGCCAAACUGAAAUGUUAACACACUAGCUAGAUAGUGUAAGAUAAAAAAACAAAAAACCUAGCAUGGGUCAAGGCAUUUUCAAUGUAUGUACUCUUUCAAAAUAAUCUUCAAAAAGGUAAAAUGGUAACAGUUAAAAUGUGUCAAAAGCCCAAAUAUGACUGGGGUGUAUAUCUGAACAAUUGGGUAAAAAAAGCUGGCUUGCGUACAUGCUAACCAUUAGCAUUUAAAUGCUCAAAAGCCGACCUGAAAUGUUAACGGUUAGCACGCUAGCCAGAUAGCGUCAGAUAAAAUAAACGGUUAGCAUGCAUCAAGUACCAAAAUGUAUGACUCUUAAAAAAAAAACCCUGAAAAAGGUAACAUGCUAACAUUAGCCUGGUUAACGUGGUAACAGUAAACAUUGUCAAGCACCAAAAUAUGACUGAGGUGUAUAUCUGAAAUAUACAUGCAUGCUAACCAUUGACAUCUCAAUGCUCAAAAGUCGAACGGAAAUUUUAACCGUUAGCCAGAUGGCGUCAGAUAAAAAUAAACCGCAUCAAGUACCAAAAUGUA